CGUUAUGCGCCUUGUCGUCGACACCAUCUUUAUGGUGAUAUCUCUGUAAAUACUUUAUCACCUUCGAAUGGUGUUAUCUCAAUGUCGAACCAGAUUGCCGGUACCUCGAAUUGGCCCCUGGUUCUGGUUCCGGACAACCAUCCGAUCCUUCCUGUAUCUCGCCUGCCGAUAAGUUGGUUGUAGGCCGGUAGGAUUCGAAUCGCAUAUAAAAAAAGAAGAAAAAAAAAGAAUACAAGUCGACGAUUUUUCCAGCGUAACAAUCCGAAUCCUACUAGAUUAGCUGUCGCAUUGGACGGCAUCUUCUAAGAAGAAUGUCGUUGAAUGGACUGGACGAUGCCAAGGUUAUAGAAGCCCACGAAGUCGCUACCACCGAACCUGGCGGAUGGUUCCUUCUCAAAUACGCCAAUCGCGACGAGGUUGAGCUUCUUGAUCAUGGGAGUGGUGGUAUCGUUGAUGUUCGUGGCGCAAUUGCAAAAUACGAAGAGGCAUCGCCAUUGUACGGCUUCCUCAAGUACAGGCGGAGGAUUGUCUUAUUAAAAUACCAACCUGAGGAUUGCUCGAGACUUAUCCAAGCUCGUGCAGCAGUGCAUUUCAAUGCUGUUUGUGAACGGUUUGCGCCGUACGAUAUCACUUUCGAAAUUUCGGUAGCCAAAGAUCUGAAAGAUAGUAAGCUUUCUGCAGCUUGUUCGCUGCAUACUGCUUCCGGAUCGGCAUGCUCGUCCUCGAGUUCAUUACGACGGCGGAGACUGAAUGAGAUUGCUGAGGAAGAGGAAGAAGAAGAAAGGGAGAGGAAAAGGCAGUCCACGGUUAAGGAGGAAGAUAAACGCGCAUCAUCUGUGUACUCGGUACCCGCUCACUCACCGCCUAUAGCACGCCCUACCGUACUCGAUAGUCAACAGAUCUCCGCCCCGCAAGAAACCAGCUUUACCUCAACAGCCAACGUACCAGAAUUUACAGGAGCUGACAGACCGACAUCUCCUACACUGUCCGAAAGUGCUCCACGUCUAUCCUCCCAAUCCACGCGCCCCGAUUUAUACGGCUACGCGACAUAUACAUAUGGCAAACCAAAAGUGAAGCUCGGCCCCCGACCAUCUCUAGAUACAAACAAAAGGCCUUCAACCGCGGAAAACUUUCGCCCCACUGCAGCCUUGCCGGCAGGAUUUAAGCUAUUCUCCAAGGGGACCAAGAAAGGGCAGUCUCAGGAUAUGGAACACGUCGAGAAGACUGAAGAAGCUGAAGGGGGGGUUGCUUUGGAUACCGCCCUGGCGCCAUCUAAACCCAUCCCUGAGGUUCCACAAGGCACUGGCCUUCCACUGCCCCCGCGACCCGCCACAAGCUCGGGAGCUUCUAUUAAAUUAACCACUCAAUCGCUAGCGCCCCCACCGACAAAGGAGGUGAAAAUUACACCUGAGAAAGCACGACUUAUGAAGGCCAUGAAGCUGAGGGAAAAGAAAAAGAUGAUGACUACUACAACAACGCCAGAGCAGACAGCACCCUUAGAUAUUCCACCUCCAGGCGAGGAGAAAGAAGGAUGUGAUACUGAAUCUAAAGAUUCUCUACGAAUCAAGGGCGACACUGGUCACCGUGCCGUAUCCAACGCAGAUUCUGGUAUUGCCAUUGACCCACCCACCCCGAUGACGAUCAAUACCGAGGAUACAUCCUACUCCCGCCCAAAUUCUCCGACGGGUGGCACAUCAUCUGAAAUAGGGGCAUCCACGAAAGCAUCCUCCCUAUCCGAGUCGACUGACGAGAUUGUCCAGGCCUCGAAAGACAUAAGGAAAGAGGCUGAGGAGGUUGCGCCUAGAGAUCUUCCGGGAAUGGAAGACGGGCUGGAACAGACUAAGACGAACACGGAUGUUUUAGACGCGAAAAAUACUGAAGUCAGUCAGAAAUCUCAAGAGGGUCCAAACCAUCCUACACAAACAACAGAGCAUUCGCUCCCUAGUUCAGUCGAGGCGGAUGGUCGUACUGAUAUCAUCUCGCCGCCCAAUUCAAAGGGUAACGAGCAACCCCCGAGCGAAGAGGACACGCCCAAAUCACCUUGGAGAUUGCCUGUUUCAAAAUUCUCUUCCAACGAGCCGCAAAACUCAGCCGAACAGAAAUCACCAACAGCUCCCCGUCUAAAAUCAAAAUUCUCUAUACCAGAUAUCUCUCUUCCCGCAGAGCCCGUUCCCGCUCUACCGAACACAUCCGUAGAAUACCGUGAACAGACCGGAGGGGAAUCAUUCUCGAAGGCUGCCUCAGAGAUCACGAUUCCCCCGAAAUCAGCUAAGCGCAGGACCGUCGUCGGAACCAUUCGAACCGACUUGACGAAGACCACGCCUCACUCUGAAUCCUCUGAUCCGCUUCUUGACGAUGCUUUGAUGGAGGAACUACAGUCAGCAACGUUGCAAGAAGCCAAGCCUAUGCUCGUGUCCAAGUCACCUAUUACUCCUGUUUUCCCCAAUCCUAGUUCCGUCAGGCCAGGACCGCCACUAUCGCGUGCAGUCUCAAACCCGAUGCGUGGGCCUCUCCUGGCACCCAGUGAUGUAUCACAGAGCAGUGCUAGAAGUGUAUCGGCGGGUGGUGCAGCUCUACUACACAAUAUCACCCGACAGUCGUCGAAUGCUGGUUUGCAAGCUAAGAAGAACAAUCUCGGCUCGAGCAUCUCGCAGAGAAUUAAAGCCUUAGAGAAGCUCUCAGGCCCUGGUGGUCCGGAAGACGUUCGUCCGAAAACCGCAGCACCAUCUUCGGCUUUCUUCAGUGUUCGUAGGCAGAGCAUUAGAGAACCGCCAAGACCUUCUUCCGUGCUGGAUCAUACCGGUUCUCCAGAGCAACCUGCUCCCACAGCUGAACAAUCUCAAGAAAGACCUAAACUUUCCGGCGCGGAGAGGCGUGAGAGGUCUCGCUCGGUGGCUAGCCGGUUGUCCAUGUUUGAAAUGCCAACGCAGAAUUCGCCUCGUGGGCGGCCCGACUCGAUUCAAGUCACUGCGAGAAUCGUCCGCGAUCCUGAGCAAAGUCUACCGACGCAACCUGAAGUAAAUGCAAGCCCCAGUGACUAUCCCCAGCUCGAAUUAAAGCAGUCACCACUCAUUGUAGACCUGCAAAGACCGGAAUUAUCUCAACCUGUUCCUGAGCCAGUGCCAACCCCACUAGUACAGGUGUCCAAGGAGACAAUUCAAGAGAGACGUGAUAAAAAGUCAAACUCUGAUGAUGGUGAGAAGAAACAUCGGCGCUCUUCUUUGAGCAUAGUCAAGGAUUUUAUCAAAGACCGCCGAACAUCAACUGCUAGCAAAUCCACUGAUAACUUAGCAAAAAUGUCUCCGAACGGAUCAAAGUCUCCAAGUAGGCCACCGUCAACCCAUCAGACCAGUGGUGGUUUCGCGCGACGUUUGUCAAUUUCAAGCCGUCGUUCAUCUUUCAGUCGUGAGCGGGAGAAUUCGAUCGGGUCGCCCGCUGUCCUAAGUGACAGUGGUUCUGGUGAUGAUGAUAAGAAGAGCGAUAAAAAGUCCGAGACGCGAGCAUCUCGAUUCAUGAGACGCUUGUCGAACUCUCUUAAUGGAAACAGGAAAGUCACCAGCCCGCACAUUUCUCCUACUGUCGCUGAGGAAGAUGCGGAUCAGCUCGCCGCUCCUACGACUAACGACACCCUGUCUUCUCAACCAGCGGUUGUGGCGUAUAUGGGAGAUGUGAAUGUGCAGUUUCCGGACAACUUGCUAUGGAAGCGUCGCAGCAUGGCUCUAGACACCCAGGGAUUUUUAUUUUUGAGUGCUAUCCAAGGCGCCGCAGUGGCUGGAAAGGAUAAGGCUGUCGCUGCCGGUGCUAAGCGUUAUCACCUGAGCGACUUUCGCGCACCCUACAUCCCUGAUGUCGAGAUCCAGGAACUCCCUAACAGCGUUGUCUUGGAUCUCGUGGAAGGUUCGUGUCUGCAGAUUGCCUGCGAAGACCGAGCCGGUCAGUUAAAUAUAUUACAAGCUCUCCAAGACGCACACCAAAGUCACAGCUCCUUUAGACAAUAAACUCUUCGAGGUCUUUCUAUUAUACCGAGCGGCCUACUUCCGAAUGGCGAAAAUUUCCUUGAUUAUGACAGAUACCCGAACCUCUUUUCACCAUUGUGCCAAUAAGACGACGCAUUCUCUGCAUUUCCUUUUGUACCCUCAGAUUCAUCCAGUCUAACGACUCUUUUCAUUUCCGACAGCAACUGUCACCUAUAUUUCCAUUUUCUAUGGAGUCGAUCCAGCUUAGAACGGACAUACGCUUGCUUAGUAUGUUCCUGUGGAGUCUUGUACUUUUGUAGUUUCUCUUCUGCCUUGCCUCUACGAGGACAUAGCACCAGUUAUCCUAGCAGGUACUGCGAGGACUGAUGUGUUUUGUUGCAUCGCUCACAGCGGAAAUGUGUUGAUACUUACUAUUCUGCAGUCUCAAAACUAAGGGGGGCUUCGUGAAAACCGGUGGGCAAGAGACUGUGUGUAGAAGGAGUUGGUAUCUGGGCUUCUGUACAUAGCAACAACAUUGGCGUGCGUUACAAAAGCCUGCAAUGUAUCUAUUAUUAAAAAUUAAGUAUGAAAGUCAUCUAAUGUAAAAUUCCCCCCAUUAAUCCACGUCGUGUCUAGCACGAUGUUACAUGAGUCUAGAAAAUAUA